UAUAAACACAUUUUAAAAAAAGUUGGAGCCAGCUACGUUAUGGAGAUUUGCAUUCACUACGUGACCUCCUCUUAAGUCCUUGAUACACAAUUGAUUUGCAUGUAUAAAUAAGCAUUACCAAAACAUUUGAUUCAAAAAAUCAAACAAACCAAAAAAAAAUGUCUAAUUUUCUAAGGAAGAAGCUUUCACACCUCUGCUUCUCCACCUCCGGUGUUCUCUCCCCGUCGAUUCCUUCUUCUCCGAUCAUCGUAUCAAACCACAACGCUCCAUCUCAUCAUCUUCACAAAACCCCCUCAAUCUUCAUCAACAACUUCAACUCUCUAUACGAUCACCUCUCUGUUUCCUCUCCUCUCCACCGCCGCCACAGUUCCGAUAACCCCGCCGGAUUGUUCUCAUCUACCCGCCGCGACGAAGAGGAAGAAAACGACGACAUUUCCUCCGCCGUGUCAAAACUAUUAACCGGCGGAACAGCGAUCAUGAAGCAUAUAGAUUCACCGGAUCCGUACAGAGACUUCGGACGGUCGAUGAGAGAGAUGGUGGAAGCCAGAGAUUUAACGAGAGACGUCGCCGCCGAUAGAGAGUACUUGCACGAACUGUUGUUCUGUUAUCUCUCGUUGAAUCCAAAACAUACUCACAAAUUCAUCGUCUCUGCUUUCGCCGAUACACUCCUCUGGUUACUUUCUCCGUCUUUGCCGUCGCCGGAGAGAUAUAUUUUAACUCAAUCAAAUUAAAUUUUUAGUUCCUCUCUAAUUUUAAUAUUUGGGCCUGCGGGCUAAAGGCCCAUAAUUGUAACAGCUCUUACUAUAUUCAUUACUUCAGAGAUAUGUGAAUUAUCCACAAACGAAUUAAAAAAAAA